AUGCAUGGACUCCCAGGAGGACUUGGAAGAGGCCCCACCCAUUGUGAUGUGCGCUCCCAUUCCGUCAGCACAGUGGGCACUUGGCUUCCCCACCUGGUGGGGGCUGAGACCUGGAGAUCAGGGGCUCCCCAGGUGUGUAGAGCUUCUGACGCCUCGGAGAGGGGAGCGAGCCCACCCCAGCCCCCUGCGGCUUCCUGGAGACAAUGGCCAAGGGGAGACGCUUCAACCCGCCCCUGGACGAGGACGGGAGAUGGCGCUGCACUGAAAAGAUGCACCCGUGGCCAUGUGGCUUCCAGCCCGCUGACUCUCCCGGCUACAGGGAAUGCCUCCCCCAGCCCCCACGUGUAUAGCAUGAGCGCCCCACCUCGUCACAGGCAUGGUAACUGGCCAGUGCCACUUAGGAGGACAUUACUCAAAGGCCACCUGAGUAUACAGCUCCACUGUGGCUGGAGGAGGAAUGGAGAGAGAGAUGAUCGAAACGCGGGCCAAGGUCAAAGACUCCAAUUCCCUCACGUCGGACUCAUGCAGAAGACCCCGGAAUCCAUCACACGAGCUACGUUAAAGGAGCCCCUUUGUGCCCAGGCGGCUCGGCAGGUGGAGGGGAGGCUGCCGCCCAUCUACAAGGUCCGGGAGAAGGGCCUGGGACGGAAGAAGAUCUCCCCAGAUAAAAGGCAACAUGUUUCCAGGAAUUUCAAUCUUUGGGCGAGCGACUACGUUCCAUCUUGUCUCGAUGGCUUUUCAAACAACCAGAUAUCCUACGUGUACAAGGAGGCCAGGGUGGACCCGUGGUUCAGGCGCUUUCCCAGAUGUUACGCAGAGGUCUGGAGCACCUGCCGAUUUAUUCCUGAGCGCAGCUACCCAAAGAUUUUGAGAAAGAAACCAAAAGAGCUCAUGCCUGAAUGGCCAGCCCCAAGGACGACGGUUUCUACACACCUGCUCACUGACGGGCCAGCCUCGUUGGCAGAGGAACGCCUCUGCUCCCAGCAGAGAGAACAGCUCUGCUCAUGGUCCACACUCCACGCUGCCGUGCUGUGAGUGAUCCCAGCCGAGUUCAGCCUUCUCCGCUGGGGAACACAUCUUAAAUAUUCUCUCUGCUGUUGAUGAUUUUACAAUAAAGCCAUCCUACGUGCU